AUGAAACGAGAUCAAUUUUCAAUAUUAAAUCAUCAUUGUUCAUUAUAUCAACCUUCAGACUUAUCAAAUGAUGGUGAACAACAAGCAGAAACAUCUUUACAAACUUCCAGUCAAAGUAAUAAUUCAUUAUCAUAUACAAUAAUGACAGGUGCAAAUCAUAAUGGUAUGGAAUCUGCAUCAAAUAAUUUUAAACGUACAUUACAAACAAUUCCCGGUGUAUUUUGUCCCAUUGCUUUAUCUAUGUUAGCCAUAUCUAUCUUUAUGCGUAUCGGUUUUGUUCUUGCUCACGCAGGUGUUUUACAAACAUUAUUACAAUUGAGUCUUUGUUUUAUAAUACUUUUUUGUACAUUAUUAAGUGUUUGUUCAUUAUCAACAAAUGGUGCGAUAGAAUUUGGUGGGAUUUAUCAUAUGAUAUCACGUACACUAGGACCAGAAUUUGGUGGUGCAAUAGGAGUUUUAUUUUUCUUUGCACAAGUUAUUGGUAAUGGACAAAGUGUAGCAGCUCUUGUUGAAGCAUUAGUUGAUAGUUUUGGACCGGGAAGUAAAGCGAAUAUAUUUCAUGGUACACAUUGGUGGAGAUUUAUCUAUGGAACAUUAAUUAAUAUACUUAGUUUGAUAACAUGUCUAUUUGGUUCAGCAUUAUUUUCUAUGGCGGCAUUUUCUAUAUUUAUUCUUGUUAGUUUUGUUUAUCUUAUGAUUGUAAUUUCAUUUUUUAUUCGUGGUCCACAUCUUGUCUUAAUACCAAAAGUGAAUAUCUAUGCUUAUAAUACUGAACAGCUAUUAUAUAAUAAAACAGAUUUUCUCUAUGGACAUUUUACUAGUUUUAGUUUAACAACAUUAAAUGAAAAUAUGUAUUCAAAUUAUACAAUUGAUUAUACAACUGGAGAUACAAUGAAUUUUGUUACUGUUUUUGGUGUACUCUUUUCAAGUAUAAUUGGUUUAUUAGCUGGUGCUAAUAGAGUAGAAUGGGGUGGAUUAAGUAAUCCAAAUCGAAGUAUUCCAACUGGAUCUAUUUCGGCUAUUAUAUAUGUUUUUAUUAUUUAUAUUAUUGAAACAUUACUUAUAGCUGCAACAACUGAUCGAUAUACUUUAUUAAAUAACUAUUUAUUUUUACAAGAAAUUAAUAUUUGGCAACCAUUUGUAACAAUUGGAACAAUAUUUGCUGUAUUUUCUGCAUGUUUAUCAAGUUUAAUUGGUGCAUCGAGAAUACUCGAAGCAUUAUCUAUUGAUGAAAUCUUUGGAUCAUUACUUCGUUGGAUUAGAAUUGGUACAACUAAUCGUGGUAAUCCAGUUGCAGCUGUAUUCUUAACUUUUAUUCUUGUUGAACUAACUUUAUUGAUCGGUUCAUUGAAUAAAAUAGCUCGUAUUGUAACAAUAUUCUUUCUUCUCGCGUAUUUUGCUGUUAAUUUAUCGUGUAUGGCACUUGCUUUAGCAUCAACACCAAAUUUUCGGCCAUCAUUUAAAUAUUUUUCUUGGCAUACAGCAUUAAUCGGUGCAAUUGGGUCGAUUAUUAUGUGUUUUAUUGUAUCAACUUCGUAUGCGUCAAUUGCUAUUGGAAUUGUAAUUGGUCUUAUUGCUAUGUUACAUUUAAGAGAUUUUCCACGAGCAUCAUGGGGUUCAAUAUCUCAAGCAUUAAUCUUUCAUCAAGUACGAAAAUAUCUUCUUCUACUUGAUCCACGUAAAGAACAUGUGAAGUUUUGGCGUCCACAAAUCUUAUUACUUGUUUCCAAUCCACGUUCAUCAAUAAAUUUAAUUGAUUUUGUUAAUGAUAUGAAAAAAGGUGGACUUUUUAUUUUAGGUCAUGUGAAAAAAAAUCAUAUGAACGAUGAUUUAAAUGAUCUAUUUAUAGAAGAAUAUCCACAUUGGGUUUCAUUAAUUAAUCUUAUGAAAAUAAAAGCAUUUGUUGAUAUGACAUCAGCAUCAAAUAUACGAGAUGGAGUAGCACAGUUAAUGAGAUUAUCGGGUUUAGGUGGUCUUCGUCCGAAUACAAUAAUUCUUGGUUUUUAUGAUAGGACACUUCCAGAAGAUAAAUUAUUUAGUUGUUCUAGUCAUAAACGACGUUGGUUCAGAUCGAGUUCAUUUAUAAAUACAUCAGCGCUUCGACAACGUCGAAGUUCUACUAUGGAAAAUAUUGAUACAACAAAUGAUAUAUAUUCAAUCUUUCAUUUUCCAAAAUUACGACAAGAAGAUGAAGAAAAAGAACUUGAUAUUUAUUCCUAUGUCCAAAUAAUUAAAGAUGCAUUAUAUCUUAAUAAAAGUGUUUGUCUUGCAAGAAAUUUUUCACUUUUACAAAAAGAUGAAAUAGAUUCUAAUCAGAAAAAAGUUUUUAUUGAUAUUUGGCCGGUUAAUUUUAUAUUUCCCGAAACAUCUACACAAUUUGAUGUAACAUGUCUUUAUAUGUUUCAAUUAGCAACUAUACUUUCAAUGGUAAAACCAUGGAAAACACGUGCAAUAUUACGUGUUUUUCUUUGUAUUGAUGCUAUAAAUGAGAAUGCACUUCGUGCACAUUAUUAUCUUGAUGAAUUAUUAAAUCAACUUCGUAUUAAUGCUCAAACACGAAUGAUUGCAUGGGAAAAUGUAACAAGUCUUCUAAAUAAUCCUUCAACAAUCAAUCAAGAUCCAGCAAUUAUUCCUAUUGAACAAGAAUCAACAACAAUAGCAGCAUCAUCAAAUUCAUUUGUUGAUGUUAAUGAUGAUUAUAUUCGAGGUAUUAAUGAACUUAUUCGUCAGCAAUGUGAUAAUACAUCAUGUGUUUAUUUAUAUCUACCACGACCGCCACGUGAUCAAAUUCUUUCGGAACGUUAUAUACGUUUUCUUGAUAUGUUAUCCAUUGGUUUACCACCAACUCUAUUUGUUCAUGGUGUUUCAUCUGUAACAUGUACACGAUUAUAA